AAAUAUAGCGGAAAUAAAUAAAUUUUCAUGUUGUUUUCCGUAUUGCUCAUGAAAGCAUAUCCGAAUCAAUUUUACUGUCACCGAGGUUGUCGAGACUUCAACGGCAAGUUUAAUGUUUUUUUAUUUUUUAAUCCUGACAUUCGAACGGUGGAUAGUCAGUCGCUGAAUGAUAUCACAUUCUUUAAACAUGAAGUCUUCAAAACUGUUAAAUUUAAUAAGAAUAUUAUCAGUGAUAACUGCUGUGAUUUUAGUUUCUGUAUUUAUUUGUAUCGCCGCUUCAAGAUCUAAAGUUCCGUGGGGUGAUAAAUUAAUUAAAAAGAUAACGGUCAAGCCUAAUAUAAUUGUCAUUAUCACUGAUGAUAUGGGGUGGAACGACGUAAGUUUUCACGGUUCAAAUCAAAUUCCCACGCCAAACAUCGACGCAUUGGCAUACAACGGUGUAAUAUUAAAAAACCACUAUGUCCUGCCAGUGUGUACGCCAUCAAGAACGGCAUUCUUUACCGGGCGUUAUCCGAUAAGAGACGGUAUGUAUGGAUAUCCUCUGAGAGCUGGAGAAGCGCGAGGUAUUCCAUUAAAUACAACUUUACUUCCUGAACAUCUCCAUCGUCUCGGAUACUCGACACAUAUGAUCGGUAAAUGGCAUUUAGGAUACCAGUCAAAUGAAUAUACACCAGCAAGACGCGGAUUUGAUACUUUUUACGGCUACUACAAUGGCUACAUUACAUACUUUAAUUAUACAAUAACAGAACGUGGCCAAGCAGGCUACGAUAUGCAUCGAGAUAAUGCUCAAGAAAUAAAAGCUGACUGGUCUCACACAAAUGAAUACGCAACUGAUGUAUUCACGGACGAAGCUAUCAGAAUCAUUGACAAACAUGACAGAAGUCAGCCUUUGUAUCUUCAUAUAUCUCAUCUGGCUCCACAUUCUUCUGACGCCGAGGAAACACUCGAGACACGUGAUUUUGCAGAAGUUAAUCGUACAUUCGCUUAUAUACGUGACCUUCAGCGGCGUAAAUAUGCUGGCAUGAUGACCGCGUUGGAUGAAUCAGUCGGACGAGUUGUUGCAGCCUUAAGCCAGAAUAAUAUGCUUGAAAAUUCAAUCGUUUUAUUUAUGACUGAUAAUGGUGCUCAGACCGUAGGAUUCCUUGAGAAUCAUGGAUCUAAUUAUCCAUUACGUGGGUUGAAAUUCACACUCUUCGAAGGAGGCGUCCACGGAGCAGCUUGUAUAUUUUCCCCAUUAAUAAAACAAAAGGCCCAAGUCAUCGAUGAUCUUUUCCACAUGACUGACUGGCUGCCUACUCUGUACAGCGCGGCUGGAGGUAAGACCGCUGACUUGGGAGUGAUCGAUGGCGUUAAUCAGUGGCCCACCAUCAGCCGAGCAAAAUUCGGUAGACGUAAUUCCUUGUUGGUUAAUAUUGACGAGGAAAAUCUUGAAGCAGCUAUCUUUGGACAGUACAAAUUACUCAAAGGAGCCGGUCGGUUGUACAACGGCUAUUACGGUGACAAUGUUGAUGAUAACGAUCCGUUAGCCCCGGCGUAUGAUGUAGAUGCAGUAAUAUCCUCACCCGCCAGCCAAGCUAUUGUAGAUACAACUGGUAUCAUUAUGACGGCGAAAAAAAUAUUACAAUUACGUUCCAAUAGUAUGAUUGUAUGUAAAUCAUUUAAUAAGUACGCCAACUGUUCAAGUCGUUGUCUAUUCGAUCUCCGGGUUGAUCCAUGCGAAACGACUGACAUUUCUGAGCAACAUCCUGAGAUGGUUCAAACACUCGAGCAUUACAUUGAUAGUUACCGAGGAGUAAUGCAAGAACAAAGCAAAAAUCCAGUGGAUCCAAGCUCUUAUCCUGGUAAUUUUGGCGGUGUAUGGAUGCCCUGGCUAAAUGAUCAUGAUCACCAAUUAUUAUCAUAUUAAUAUUAUUAAUUAUUAAUAAUUAAGUUUUGUAUUUAUAGAAUUAAUUUUAACUGUAAUAAGCAAUAAAUCUUACUUUUUUUAAA